AUGGAGAGUGGGGCCAAAGGCUGCGAGGUCGUGGUAUCGGGGAAACUUCGAGGACAGAGGGCUAAAUCCAUGAAGUUUGUGGAUGGCCUCAUGAUCCACAGUGGGGACCCUGUUAACUACUAUGUUGACACUGCCGUGCGCCAUGUGCUGCUCAGACAGGGUGUGCUGGGCAUCAAGGUAAAGAUCAUGCUGCCUUGGGACCCAACUGGUAAGAUUGGCCCUAAGAAGCCUCUGCCUGAUCACGUGAGCAUUGUGGAACCCAAAGAUGAAAUACUGCCCACCACCCCCAUCUCUGAACAGAAGGGUGGGAAGCCAGAGCCGCCUGCCAUGCCCCAGCCGGUACCCACAGCAUAA